GGUUUUGCACAAAGUAGUAUCUGCCGGGGCUUGAAAUACUCUCGCACAGCUCUCUUCUCCAGGUAGCACUGGACAAGUUUUAGCAGAGAGUUACUUGACAGGGGGCUGUCUACCCCUGGGAGGGACUGUCUUGCUUACAUAUACCUGAGUUGAUGCGCAGAGACUGUACCAGUUUACAGACUUCACUGUGAGCAAUUAUUGUACUUCCAUUUUGAAUCAUGGCUUCUUUUUUUGAGAAUAAAAAAGUUGGGACCCACUGGCGGAAAUCUUGAGAGUGCUGAGACAAUUUGCGAUUGGAUUGGAAACCCUUUUUAACCAGUCAGUAUGAAUCAGUAUAUUUUUAUUUUAGCAUUUCUGGUGAUUUUGGACUCCAGCAUCCUUAUUUAGGACUGCAGUCUCACAAGAAAUUGCAUAAAUAGUUUUCUCCGGGAGGGUAUGUUUGUAUAAUUUAGGUGACUUUUGUAAAUAUGUAUUGAGAACUCCUAAUUUUGUAGGAUGGUAAAAUGGUAAAAAGUAUCCUGUUUGUAGGAUUUUCCUUUAAAUUCAUAAGGAGUUUACUAGACUGCAUGAAUAAGGACUAUUUUUAAAUCUUGUUGCAAAUGGUGUUUUUUAAUAGAUGAGGUACAGCUACAAAUGGAUCUGCUUUAUUUCCAAGUAAAGGAUAACAUCACAUUUUAGGGGGAUGGGAUAGUUCUGUUUCCCCUCCUCCCCCUCAUUUUUCUGAAUCUGAAGUACUACUUGUAAGAGAUUAAAAAAUAUUGAAGUGUUUAGUGCAGAAAGUGAAAGGCCAAAUCCUCUGAAAUCCUGCUUCUCAGAGAUGAACAGAUCUGGGGUAUAUUCUUCUAAAUGAAGUUUUAAAAUGGUGUAAUAUUAUACAUAUUCUUUUGUAACUUGUUUUUCUUGCCUAAUAUAUCGUAGACAUCUUUUUGCCUUUCCACCAUUUUACAUUAUGCAUAUUUUGAUAAUAUGUGGAUAUAACAUCGUUUAUUUAACCACAUUUCUGAUUAAGGAAUAUUUGAAUUGAUUCUAACACUGAACGAUUACAAAUGAUGCGACAGAGAGUGCUCUUGUACAGUUAUACCCUUGUGAGAAUAUUUCUUUAAGGUGUAUUCCUAGAAGUAAAAUGAAAGGGUCACAGAGUCAAGAUUACUUUUUUCCUAAUAGGAAGAAAACAGUAAAAGACCAAUAAUUCUAUUUUGGCUGGUUUUCUGUCUUUUUAAAAGUACUCUUUUUCCUGUAUCAUCAAAAAAUAUGACUGUAGGUAAUCUGCAAUUUUGGGGAAAAUCUCUCUCAGGAUUAAUUUUUGUUAGGAAAUAAAAUUGUUCACCGUUUAACUUUCUCAUCUAGCCUUGGACCUGCAGUUGAAAUGUCUUUAUACACAAAAAAGAGUUUUAAAUUUUUAAAUUUACUUGCAUUUUAUAGUAGAUGACUUAUAAACACGAUCCAUUGGGUGUGAACCCCAUUUCCUCCUGUUGUAUAAUCUGUUGUGUGCUGUAAAUGUGAGGAGACUCCUUUGAGCUUGCUCUUUGCCUCUGAGUUCUUUUUGAUUUUUCAGUCAAAACUAUAGCUGUUUUAAAAUUUAGGAUGUGGAUACUAGCCAUCAGUCAUUAAUUUAUUGAAUGCUGUUAUGUACAAAAUGCUCAACAAAAUAUGAGGAGGUUUCUGCCUUCAGGCAGUGGGGAUUUAAUUGGGAGUCACAGAUGCUGGUGCCUGAAAGGCAGAGCUGUGAUGUGAAAUAUAUGGUAGCAUGAAGAAAAUGAGAGCCCUGGUGGCGUAGUGCUUAAGAGCUACGGCUGCUAACCAGAAGGUCGGCAGUUCAAAUCCACUAGCUGCUCCUUGGAAAUCCUAUGCGGCAGUUCUACUGUUUCAUAUAGGGUCACUAUGAUUUGGAAUCGACUCGAUGGCAAUGGAUUUGGUUUGGUUUGAUGAUAGUCUCUCACACCAAACUUAAACAGUAUAAAACUCACUGUUAUCAAGUUGAUUCCGACUUAUAGCGACGCUGUAGAGUAUGGUGAUUUUUAAUCAUCACAAAGCAGCCUCUCAUUGUAAUUAUUAUCAUUCCACAGGUGAAUAUUUAAUGCACAGGUAGUUUUAGUUCUCCUGAAAAUUGAAGUUAGACCUAAUACCAUUUCAGAUUUUUCUGCUGGGUAGAAAGAAUUAGAUACUUAACUUUUACCAAGCUUACCUUUCUAAGGCACGUGAUAGAUAGUUUUGCUGUAGUCAUUGUAGCGCUUCUUUCUUUCCUUUUUUUUUUUUAAUGACCUGGAGCUCAGUAGGUCUGUUUGAAAGCCACCAACCUGGUUAAAGAUGAUAAACUUAUAUAUCAACCUUCUUUGAAACCACAUUGAAUUAAAAAAAAAUAAUAAAAAGAUAACGCUUAAUUUUUUCUUUCCCCUAACAGGAAAAAUGAUAGGUGCUUACUAUAAAAAUGUCCAAACAAUAUAAAAAAGUUUAAAGACAUAAAAAUUCCCCAUAAUCCCUCUACCCAGAGAUAGCACCUGGUUAACAAGACAUAUGAAUCUCCAGAACUUGGCAUAUUUGUUCAGCAAAUUGUUAACAGCAUCAGAUGCCACCUCAGUAUGGACAGCAAGGUGUCAGUGGUUACUGCCAACAGGGCCAACAGCCAUAUUACAACCAGCAGCCACAGCCUCCGCACCUCCCACCGCAGGCACAGUAUCUGCCAUCCCAGGCCCAGCAGAGGUACCAGCCGCAGCAGGACUUGUCUCAGGAAGGCUAUGGAACUAGGUCUCAACCUCCUCUGGCCCCCGGAAAACCUAACCAUGAAGACUUGAACUUAAUACAACAAGAAAGACCAUCAAGCUUACCAGUUGAAGUCUUGGCCUCGGAGGAUGCAGCCUUUGGACUCAAGGACCUGUCUGGCUCCAUUGAUGACCUCCCUACAGGAACAGAAGCAACUUUGAGCUCGGCAGUUAGCGCAUCCGGGUCCACGAGCAGCCAGGGGGAUCAGAGCAACCCGGCACAGUCGCCCUUCUCCCCUCACGCGUCCCCCCACCUCUCCAGCAUCCCAGGGGGCCCGUCACCUUCUCCCGUCGGCUCUCCUGUCGGGAGCAACCAGUCAAGGUCUGGCCCAAUCUCUCCUGCAAGUAUUCCAGGCAGUCAGAUGCCGCCGCAGCCUCCCGGCAGCCAGUCGGAAUCCAGCGUCCACCCUGCCAUGAGCCAGUCACCAAUGCCACAGGAAAGAGGUUUCAUGGCAGGCUCACAAAGAAACCCUCAGAUGUCCCAGUAUGGACCUCAGCAGACAGCACCAUCCAUGUCACCGCACCCUUCUCCUGGGGGCCAGAUGCACCCUGGAAUUAGUAGCUUUCAGCAGAGCAACUCAAGUGGGACUUACGGUCCACAGAUGAGCCAGUAUGGACCACAAGGUAACUACUCCAGACCCCCCACGUAUAGUGGGGUGCCCAGUGCAAGCUACAGCGGCCCAGGGCCCGGCAUGGGUAUCAAUGCCAACAGCCAGAUGCAUGGACAAGGGCCCAGCCAGCCAUGUGGUGCUAUGCCGCUGGGACGGAUGCCAUCGGCCGGGAUGCAGAGCAGACCAUUUCCUGGAAACAUGAGCAGCAUGACCCCCAGCUCUCCCGUCAUGCCUCAGCAGGGAGGGCCAGGAAUGGGGCCGCCCAUGCCCACUGUGAACCGUAAGGCACAGGAGGCAGCCGCGGCAGUGAUGCAGGCCGCUGCAAACUCAGCACAAAGCAGGUACGGCUCCCAGGACCAGUGCCAGGGCAGGCACUCGGGGUAUCCGCAUGUGAGCGAGCACACGCCAGGCAGAGCUGCCACGCACCUGGGCGGCAGGAGAGAGUAGAACACAGUUCCGCUUGGCGAUUCUUUUCGUGCUAAAUGUGCUCCAUACGGUAAAGGUCAGAGAAACGAAUGACAGACCAUGUCGUAGGAAAAGUGGAGGAAGGAAACGGAGUGGUGGGCAAGUCCACUGUGGGCAGUUAUUUGAAAUGUCUGUGAAGAGUCAUCUCAACCAGCAUCCAGGAAGCCAGAUCCAAUUGCGUAGGGAAGGGUCUUUGAGGAUCCAUUUAAAACAGUGACUUUCAAGCAGGAAAUUCUAAAGACUAAAAACUAUUUAAAUUCUAUACAAUUAAAAAAAGAAAGCUCCUUCUUUUUUUUUUUCACCCCACCAUAAAAAUCCUUAUAAAAUAGAAACUGUGUGUGUGUACAUACUGUGUAUCGUGUGUGUCUGUCUAUGUGUAUGUGUGAGGUUUAUAUACUUCAUAUUCUUAUAUUUUCUUUUCCUGGUAUACUUAUUUAACUGUCCAAACCAAAAUGUGGCAAAUACAGCAAAGAUAAUAUUUUAGAAAGUUUUAAGUUAUUAGAGCAAGGCUUUAACCUCAAUUACUUGCUUUUUUUUAACCCUAACAUUUAAUUCUUGAAGUAAAUACUCCCACCUGUAUAGAAAUAGCAUAGUUAAGUAAAAAUUUAUGAGGCGAAGGUGGAUAUGUCUUUUUAAAAGCCCGUGUAAAUAUGUUUUAAAACAAAGCACACUGAAAGUAUGUAUCUUAACAAUAUCUUCAGAAAAAAAGAUAGAAGAUCCUGACUUUUGUCAAAGGGAAAUAAAAGCGAAUGUAUGUGUAUGUGUGUGUGUUUAAAUGUGUCCCUGUUACUCGUCCUCUGAAGCUGCUAUUUUGGGAAUGUAGGGACCCCCCUCCAGUCUCACUGCUUGCUGAAAAUGAUCAUAAAUAUCCCUUGAGGAAUUAAAAUAAAAAUCAAUCUCUCUCUCUCUCUCAUCCACUUUAUGAUUACUUAAAAUCUACCAGAUCUCCCACAGUACACCUCUAAACUGACAGACUUUAGGGAAUGUUUUCAUACACCUGUCUAUGAGGACUGGUUUGACUGGUCCAAUUAAAGUUCUAAUUUAGGUUUAAAUGAAUUAUCCAUUGUCGCAGCUCAUAAAGCACAAGUUAUUUUCUUUCUGUUCAGUAGCAAGUAUUUGACUGCAUUUGGCAGAAGCCUUUGACAGGAAUCUGGGAAGAUGCCUGCAGAGGUUAAGGCAUAAUUCUGUUUGAUUAAAAAGUCUUGGCCCUCCUUGUCCCUUUCUGAAUCUGUUUAUUUAAAUUAAUGUAUAAACACACGUUCGUGCAUCUUCAUUGUCUAUUUCUAAUCAGUAGGCCAUUCCAAAGCCUCGCCUUCAUGAACUGCCCAUGUUAGCUCUCCAGGACUGUAAACGAGGACUGUAGAUUUUAUUUUUGGCUUUUACCGAAGUCAAAGCUAUACUUGGAAACUGUAAGCUGAGAUUUGGUCUGAGCAUCUUCCUCUUUUCCCUCUUGUGCCCUGGCUGCUACCCUUUUCCUUUCUCAGGAAUUUUAUCCUGUUCCACUUGAGGCAGCUGCUUGGUACAGAGCAGGGCGCCCACCUUCUGCCACCUUCCACGCCUCUGGGUGGACACAUGAGAUGGACGGGGGGUUCGUACGUGUGCUGCAGAACCAUUCCAAAGAAGCUGUUCUCUGUUCUACUUUAGGCCACCAUACAUUAGGUCGCCUGCUUAUCCCAGCCAGUCUGGGGCUGGCGGACGCCCCAUGUUUUCUUCCCAGCACCCCAACUAUGGCAACUCUCAGGCUCCCCUGCUGCACCAGCCUGACCAGUACGGGUAGGUAGCCCCACCCUGGACUGCCGCGGGGCCUUGGCAUCCCUUUGAGACUGUUCAUGAGUGCACCCCUUGGCUGCUGGAGGAGCUCCCACACCAGAAAAGUGAA